AAAAGUCUAACACAGUUGGAAAGCUUGAAUAGCAAAGCCUUUCUAAAGCCAAAUGGGAACGACGACGACAACAACAUGAAUCAUAGAAUGGUAGAUCUAUAAAGAGAUUGCUGAAAACAAACUAUUGAGUGUAGAGGAAUACAAAAGGUCUUGUGAAUAUAUUACAUAUGAAUCUAUGGAUUGUUAAAGUAUAAUGAUUACGUUAUUCGAUGUAAUAAGGUAAUUUUUCUGCGUGGAACGUGUAAAAUGUUCCACCUCGGAAAAAUUGGGGAAUUUGGUAAUAGCGAAGAUAAGUAUAUUUCGAAGUGGACAAAUCAUUCUAAGAUUAUAAGUCCUGUUCUUUGGAGGGUGCAAUCUUAUGUAAGGCUGAAGAUUUGCUUUUUGAGGUAUUCUAGCUGGCAACGGUUGACAUGUGGUUAUUAGAGAAAGAGCCAAAAAAGUAGCUUCUAACGGCCAUAUCGUCGAAUUCAGGUGAUGUAUUUCCUGUCGCAACCAGAGUCAAUGAUAUAUAUGUGAAAAAAAAUUAUAUGUAUAUAUUGUUAUUAAAUAAUUGUGGCAUUUUAAAAAAAAAUACAGAGCUGCGGUAGCAAAAACUUGUGAAUUUUUUUUAAUUUAAUAGGGAAAUCGUUUCCCGAAAACAAUGUAGAUUAUAUAAUAAUUUAAGAAACAGACUACAACAGUGGUAAAUCUACUUAGUGCAAAUGUUCUUCUCUCCUUCAUUUAGUAUUUCUUACUUGGUCGACAAAUAUCUUUAAAACUUCUGAUUUACUAUUUGAUAAGAAUGUUUGUUGCAUUCAAUUUCUUGAUAAUCCAUUAUUUUAUUUAGUUUCUUGAAUAAUGCUUUUAUUUCUUAAUGUCUUAACGACGCUAAAAUUAGGAUAAUUAGGGCAAUUUAGGAUAUUAUGCAAUCUAAUAUUCUCGGCGAAGCCUUAUUUGAAAAAAAUACAGAUGGCGCUUGAUGAUGUUAUGACAACAAAUACUAAUACACCGUUAUGGGCUCAGCUCCCAGUAAAAAAAAUUUCACACAACCGAAAUCGAGCUCCGAUUCUAGUGACAAUAACAAACCAGAAGAUUUAGAUUCAAUCACAGAUAUUGCUGUUGACUCAGGACCAGACGAAUAUGAGGCUGAAAAAAUUCCAAUAAUAGAAAGGCUCAAACUAGUUCAACCUUUUGAUAGAAAAGCUUGGUUGGAAUAUGCCAGUCAAAGUAAAACCGUUUUUGGAGAUUUUAGGAUUCUAUGGGAACAAAACGUAAAGGCUCAACGAAAUGUAUUUAAUGAUAUAAAAAUAGUGAGCGAUAUACCUAAAUUAUUUAAUACUGUGCUCGAAAUGUUCUUCUUAGAUGAUGACAACUUUUCAUUUCCUAUUGUUAAAGAUCUCACAGGAUUUAUGCAUAACGCUUCACACUUUUCUUCAAAAUUUUCCAAGAUGAUUUUUAAUGAAGGAUGCGUUGAUCUUAUCAUGAACAGAAUCAUUUCAAAUUGGAGAUUAGCCAUUGAAACUCUCUUUGAAAGUGACUUUAACGAAAAGUGUGGCAUAAGUAUUAACGAUAGAUUUCAAGUACUAUUCGGAUAUUAUGGAAUACUUCAUAAUGUAAUAAGACAUAAUAGUGAAACCCGAAUUCCAUUAAGGAGUCUGGGACUUUUGGAAAAGGUGAACACGUGCAUUGAAAGCUUGAAUAAAAUAAAAUCUAUUGCACCUGCAGAAUUCUUGAAACUUAGUUGCUAUUUUAUCCUGGCGUACUUGAUUACGGAAGGUGAGCAAGAUCUUGUGGAGACGAGUCGGCUAACUCUUACAUAUAUUGUAACUAUACUUUCAAGCGCUUUAAAAUAUGAGAAUCAUCAUUCAUCGGAUUUCGGUUUCGAUUCAGAGGAGACUCUUCUAGCAAUCAAUCAAUUAGCUAAGAGUGAUAAAAAUAAAGAAAUUUUGGCAGGACACCUUAAAUUAAUAUUUCAGGCAAUGAAUGAAGCUCUAAAUGAAACUGAACAACAACAUGCUUUGAAUUGUCUUUGGACUCUAUCAUUCAAUGAAAAAUGUAGAGAUUAUAUUAAAAGACCGACAAAUAUAAGAAACUUAGAGAAUGUGUCUAAACAGGGAAAAAGUAUAGCUUGCCAACGAUUAGCCAACAAUGUCCUUUUUGAAGUGAGAAAAGCUGAUAAAAUUAUUGAAGAAAUUAACACACAGGCUGGUGAGAUCAAAGGUCAUGUUAUGCUGAGCUAUAGUUGGAAAUUUAAAUCAAUCGUUUUUAAAAUUCGUGAUUUUCUAAGAAGCAAACAAUACAAUGUUUGGAUUGAUGUCGAUUCUAUGAAGGGUUCAACGAUUGAUUGUAUGGCUGAAGCUGUGGAAAAUUCCAGCAUUGUUAUUGUUUGCUUUUCGCACAAAUAUAAGGAGAGUACGCCGUGUAGAAGUGAAGCCGAAUAUGCUUAUCAUCUUAAGAAAGAGAUUAUUCCAGUUAAAGUUGAGAAAGAUUAUAAAGCGGAUGGAUGGCUCGGUUUUAUAGUAAAUACAAGGCUGUGGAUUGAUUUUACAAAAUCAGAGGUCAGCGUUGCGUAUGAAAAACUUUUAAAUCAAUUAGGAUCUAAAGGAAAGCGAAAUAAUAAUGCCGUCCCACGAAAAGCGGUAAUACAAGAGAUUAAAGCUGAACCUUCAUACCAAUCCAACACCAAUUCUGAAACAAAAAGUGUAAAAGACUGGACAGAAAAAGAUGUCCAAAAUUUUAUUAUCAAUGAAUGUGGAUUGAAAAAAUAUGGUUAUCACUUCAAAAAUUGCUCUGGUCCCGAAUUAUUAGAGCUAAAAAGACUAAGUGAAUUAAGUCCGGGAUCGUUUUACUCUUCUAUAAAAACCGAUUUAGGAUUACCGUUAAUCGACGCUAGACAGUCCACGAAAUCAGAUUGGCCGGAACAGAUAAAGAAUUUCGCGACAGAUGGAUUAUUCGUAGCUUUACUGACGGAAUGGAAAACUAGACAGCUACCUCUUGAAGACAUAUUUUCUAAUACUGAUUUAAUUCGUGACUUACCAACGUUAUUCAUAGAUCUCCACGAAAGAUUUUUGAUUAAGGAAACCGAUUUUAUAUGCUCAGCUAUUGAAGAUAUAUGUAUAUUUUUUCUAUCGGCAACACAUUAUUCUAGUGUAUUUUGUAAAAGAAUUUUUCAAGAUGGUUGUAUUGAAUAUAUGAUAGAAAAAGUAUUAUCUCAUUCAUUAUUAUCAAUUGAUAACUUGUUAAAUCCGCAAAAAGUAAAAAAUAAUAAUUUACUCAAUUUUAAAAGCGCCUUGAUAUUUCGUUAUAUUGGUAUUCUACAUAAUAUACUCAGACUGAAUGAAGAUCUAAGAAUUCCAGUGAAAAAUCUUGGUACAUUAGAUUUAAUGAUUGAUAUGAUACAUCAAUCAGUUUAUUAUACAGAGUCCGAAGCUAGUAGGUUCCUUAAAGUUUUUUGUUACAUAACUUUAGCAUAUUUAUUGGAUGAAACUGAAGUUAAUCUCAUGCAAACUUGUUUACAAACUUUAAAUUUUAUAAGGGAUAUGCUUAAAAGAGGUCUUGAAAAGGCUGACCAUCAGUCUGAAUAUGGUUUUUAUGUUGAUGAAACUCUACACGCGAUAAAUCAAUUGGCGAAGAAUGAUGAUAAUAAGAAAUUAAUGAAAGGUUAUAUACCAUUAUUGUUUAGGGUGAUAGAACAUUCUAAUGAUGUUGAGGAACGAUGCGCUUUAGAUUGUUUAUAUACUCUCUCUUUUGAUGAUGAAUGUAAAACUGUAAUAAAGAAAGAAGGUUAUAUAAGAAUAUUACAGAAGUUGUCUGAAUAUCAUACAAAUACUGAUAGAAAAGAUAUAGUUAAAGCAAUUCUUUGGGAAAUUGAUGAAAAAUACAGAAAGGAGUUGACACUUUCAAAUAAACAAUCGAAAAAAUUUGAUUUUAUGCUUAGUUAUCAAUGGCAAUAUCAAAAGGUUGUGAUGAAAAUCAGCAAUUCUCUCAAAUCACUAGGAUAUAAGGUUUGGUUAGAUAUUGAACAAAUGAAUGGUUCAACAAAUGAAGCUAUGGCGUAUGGUAUUGAAAGUUCAACGAUGUUUAUUAUGUGCUUUUCGAGAUCGUACAAAAAUAGUAACAACUGUAGAAGAGAAGCGGUAUACGCCAGUGCCCUAAAUAAGGUGAUAAUUCCUUUAAGAAUGGAGAAAUACUAUCAGGGGACUGGAUGGCUUGGAAUAAUAAUUGGAGAUAAGUUAUGGGUAGAUUUUUCAGAUUUAGAGAAAUAUCAAUCAUCUUUUAAAGGUCUUACGCAUCAAAUAGAUAUCCUGAAACAUAAAGAUCAUAGCAAUAUUCCGAUUACCACUAACCCUUCACCUAUAGAAUCAAACAAUCCUUUAGAGUGGCCUAAAGAUAAGGUUCAUGAUUUUAUUAAAAACGAUUGCGGGUUAAAGGAAUACUCUUAUCACUUCGAGGAUCUUACUGGCGCAGAAUUAUUAACGUAUAAAACUCUAUGCCAAGAAAAUCUUAACAAUUUUCUCUUAUCAUUAAAAGACGAUUUGAAAAUCCCGUUUAAAAAUGCAAUGAAAUUUUCAACUAGUUUAAGACAGUUAAAAACUGAUUAA